AUGUCUGACUCUACCUUCCACACCACUACCCAGGACACCCGCAAGGCUGAGUCCAAGGUUGCCCAGUCCCAUCAUGGCAACCCCCCAGCAGACUCCGACGUCUCAAAGAUGAAGUCCGUCGUCGACCAAAACACCAACAAGCCCGCCGAAAUCGAGAAGACCAAGGCCAACCUGCCUCUGCCCGACCAACCCCCAGUCGCCAGUGACUUCAAUUCCCUUGACCAGCGUACCACUGAUGUUGGCUCUGGACGCUUCGAGUUCCCUCCCGAUAACAGUGGCCUACGCGAGGGUGCAGCUGCAAGCAGCAGCGCCCGCGUUGAUGGAAAGGAGAUGCACAAGACCACUGCCCCAUGA